UUCCUGGUUAGUUAGUCUGAUUGCAUGGAAAAUGGAGGAUAUUUUAAGUUUGUUGAUAGUUAGUGUCUUUCUUUUGACAACAAGGGGACAGUGUCCCUUGAAUGUUGGAAAUAAGUUAAUAACUACCUGUAGCGAAACAUGGGCAUAUGGACCACUGAUCUACAUAGACUUCCAUAAAAUCAACUGCCCAUGUAAUUGUACUGUGACGUCAACAUUCACGGGAGAUGUACUUGUGACAGCACAAAAGACAAUAAUAUCGCCAUGUUCUACGCAGGUGGUAGUAAACGGUAGUCGUAUAUUUGGCUGCCCACUUUCACGGGGAACGUCAGUUACGUUUACACUGUUAAAAUAUCAUUCUAUCGCUGUACAAGCUGAAUUCACCCCACCAUCUUCAUCAGGAACCUUUUAUCAAUGUCUUGGAUUUCAACAAAACGGAACCACAACACGAAGAUCGUAUACAGCAUCACCAACAGGGAAAACAAGAUACCCAGUAAUAUCAUCAACAAAGAAAAGAACAUCCCCAGUAACUUCAACAACAAGGACAACAACAUCCUCAUUAACUUCAACAACAAGGAAAACAACAAUCCCAUUAACAGUAAAAACAGGGAAAACAACAUCCCCAGUAACAUCAACAAGGAAAAUAACAUGCCCAUUAUCGCCAACAACAAGUAAAAUAAAACUUACAUCAACAUCUCAAUCAGCAAUAGCAGAAAACACAACAACUAAUAGAUAA